GUAACGUAGUUCAAAAUACAUUAUUAGGCUGAUUUUUCUAGAUUUUUCUAUGCAUUUAUUAGGCAUAACGCCUUCCUCAGGUAAAAAACAAAGGAGAAAACUGACACACAGCAAUAAUUGCUUUGAGAGAAUUGGGGAACUUGGAAAAGAUUUAUCUGUUGGUCAGAGGUAAGUAAUAAAACAGAUAAUACUAAUCUUAUUUCACUAUCCAUGCUUUUUAUCUAUUCAGAGCUCUUCAACGCUAAUUAUUCUGUUUUAAUUUAUAUCAGAUUCUUGCUGUUUCAUUAUGGUUUAUUUCUGAGUUAAUUGCAGAUUAGUCAAUUCAUACUAAUCUAGAAGGCUGCCAAAAGACUGGUGUGAAUCCCAUGGGAAUGAAAUUCCAUGAACUUGCAAAACAGAUAGCAGAAUCUGAAUAUUUUAUUUUCCAUGCUUUAUUUUAGAGGAGAAGGCUUUAUGUAGGUACUUAUAUAGGCAGUAACAUUAUUUGCAUCGCAAAAGAGCAGGCAUAUAUUUUCUCUCCUCGAACAGGGACUCAAAGUGUGAUACGGGUGUUCUAUGUGGAGGGCUGUAUGCAGGGCCAAAGAUUUUUUGCUUUUUUCUACCCUGCCGCCACCCCCCGCAGAAGGAGGUAUUAUGCAAAUCAGGCUUUAACAGACUUAUGUGUGGUGUAGUGGUUAGAGUGUCAGACUGGGAUCUGGUAGACCCAGGUUGGGAUCCCCGCUAUGCCAUGGAAGCUUGUUGGGUGUCUUUGGGUCAGUCGCAUAUUCUCAGCCUAACCUAACUCACAGGGUUGUUAGCAUAAAAUAGAGGAGAACUCUGUAAUGGGGCCCCAUUAGAGAGGACAGGGUAUAAAUCAAUAAAUAAUAAAAUGUUUGUCUUGGGAUGAAUGAUGGAGAAGAACAUACCUGUUUAUACAUCAUCUAAAGACUUUUUGUCCAGGUCACAGUCAAACUAGGUAUGGGUGUGCGUGUCUCCGAAUUCUUUACAUUUCUGUUAGUAGCAGCUGAUUGGGGAGGAGGUUGGAUUAGAACUGAGGCACUGGGAAGGUAAAGGUAAAGGUAGUCCCCUGUGCAAGUGCCAAGUCAUUACUGACCCAUAGGGGGAUGUUGCAUCACGACGUUUUCUUGUUAGACUUUUUAUGGGGUGGUUGCCAUUGCCUUCCCCAGUCAUCUACACUUUACCCCCAGGAAACUGGGUACUCAUUUUAACGACCUCGGAAGGAUGGAAGGCUGAGUCAACCUUGAGCUGGCUACCUGAACCUGGCUUCCGCCAGGAUCAAACUCAGGUCGUGAGCAGAGCUUGGACUGCAGUAAUGCAGCUUGCCACUCUGUGCCACAGGGCUCUUAGAUUGAGGCACUGGGAAAGUUUUCUCUUAUUUUGAGGAGGGAAGAAAUUAUUUAUAUUGGGAAAAUGGUGUAUGGGAAAAUUCACAAUCCAACACAAUCAUACUUGCAGCUUCUGUUAAUAGAAAUAUAACAUGUCAUCUAACUUACCUUCAGUGUUUGAAUUGGGCCUCUGCUUUGCCUUUCCACUUCAUGUUGUACCACCAAGAGGCAGAGUUCGGCAUGGAACUGUACGGCAUUGCUCAACAGUCAAUAGUGGAAGAAAACAGAAACCUACUUCCACUAGUCUUCCAUAAGACAAAGCUCUUGUCUAUUAUCUUGUUUAAUGUAUUUUAAAAUCUUCAUGGAUGUCUAACUGCUAAUAUACUGGAUUAUGCUUUGGUUCAAGAAUGAAAAGAUUUCCCACCCCCCAAAAUUAGAAGAAAAAUUAAUUGAAGGACAAUUGAUUGAACUUGAGGAUGGAUCCACAGCUUUUAUCCAGCAAGUAACUUUGCCAAAAGAGUCUGUCACAUUUGAAGAUGGUCAACCAGUUGCAUUGGAAGAUGGCACCAUGGCUUUUAUACACCAUGCACCCCAAGAGGGUUAUGACCCCAACACCCUGGAAGCAAUCCAGCUGGAAGAUGGAUCCACAGCCUUCAUACACCAUCCUGUUUCUUUGCCAACAAGCAGCACCAUCCUGGCAGUACAAGCAGAUGUGCAGCUGGAGGGAUUGACUGUAGAGGAGAAAAAUGUUGCCUUUGAUCUUGAAGCCAUUACUGUCCUCAAGGAGUAUGCCAGUCAGGGCUUCCAGGAAGAAGUUCAGACCAAUGGGAAGGGAUCGCUGAUUGCCAGCAGAGGCUAUCGUUGUGGGUACCAAGGUUGUGGCCGCCUCUAUAGCACAGCUCACCAUUUGAGGGUACAUGAGCGGGUUCAUACAGGUGUUCGGCCAUACAGAUGUGAUUUCUCAAGUUGUGGGAAAGCCUUUGCUACAGGAUAUAGUCUGAAAAAUCAUGUGAGAAUCCAUACAGGUGAGAAGCCAUAUAAAUGUCCAGAGGACAUAUGCAACAAAGCCUUCAAGACAUCUGGAGACUUGCAAAAACACAUCCGGACACACACAGGUGAGCGUCCCUUCAGCUGCCCUUUCGAAGGAUGUGGCCGCUCUUUCACCACCUCCAAUAUACGCAAGGUCCAUAUCCGGACACACACUGGUGAACGGCCAUAUAUGUGUCCUGAGCCCAACUGCGGGAGAGGGUUCACUAGUGCCACCAACUACAAGAACCACAUGCGAAUCCAUACAGGAGAAAAGCCAUAUGCAUGCACUGUACCAGGUUGUGGGAAAUGCUUCACAGAAUAUUCUAGCCUCUACAAACACCAUGUGGUUCACACACAUUGCAAGCCAUACACCUGCAGUACCUGUGGCAAAACCUAUCGGCAGACCUCUACACUGGCCAUGCACAAGCGCACCACACACGGGGAGCUGGAAGCUACAGAGGAGAGUGAACAAGCCCUCUAUGAGCAACAGAUGAAAGGUGGGCUGGCACCAGACUCAACCAUGAGGACAGGCCUUACAGUCAGGGGUCUGCAGCUUCCCAACUCUUCCCUAUGCAGCCCUGUGUUGCCCAAGUCUUCUAUUUUCCAUUUUGCCUGUUUGGCUUAUCUUCAGAGAUUUUGACAAAAGUCUAAAGGCCAUUUGAUGAACACACCUGCUCAGUAGGUUGGCUCCACUGAAUCUUCUUUCCUUGUUUUCUCAGAUGAAGCUGUUGAUAAGAAUCCAUUGCAAUUUCAGCAUGUUACUCUUUUGAAGGUGAAAGCUGAAGAGCAGGAGGAUAGCAAGCCUAUUCCGC